ACACGGUUGACCUUUACUUAGGCAAAACGGAUGCUUUCAGAUUUCUCUUGGAGUGGAGGUUUUUUAAGGACUACCAUUUUAUCGCGUUGGAAGUCAAUUAUUUAGCUUCCGAUUGACUUUGAGACUCAAUUCAUCCCAUAUGGCAAGCUCUUUAGCAAACAGGACACAAGAAGUCAUCUUUUCCAGGAGAGCAAACAUUGCUUGGAGUACCAUCUUUGGCUUUCUCGCUGUAAUUAUUGUGGCCGGUAAUGCUUUAACAAUUGCAGCGUUUACAGCCAGGCGACUUGUUCGUAGACGUGCUGUUUUCUUUCUGAUCAGCUUAGCUAUGGCUGAUAUGACGGUUGGAGCAGUUGCCAUACCGCUUUACAUCUAUUUGAGCAUUCAGAAAACCUUAACAAAGAGAGCUGUCCAUCACAUCUAUGAAGCAGUGGACAUCCUGUCCGGAUUGGCCUCUGUGUUCACAUUGGCACUGAUUUCUGUUGAAAGGCUGUUCGCCAUUGGGUGGCCUUUGUUUCACCGCACCCUACGUAAACGAGCCUACUUUUAUUUUGUGGGUCUGGCAUGGAUUUCUGCCCUAAUCAUAUCCAUCAUAGACUUGCUUUAUCACUACAACAUCGUGUCUUACCUCGCUACUCUGGACAUUGUUCUCACUGCUCUGUGUACUUCGUUUGUAGUUACUUGCGCUGCAUAUUUGGGUCUGUUUGUUAAGGUUCGUUCUCGAGAUUAUAGUGUAGUUGGGAGGGAACAGGACAAGAGACUAGCAAAGACACUAUUCCUUGUAACUGGAAUGUUUAUGGUCACAUGGCUGCCUUUUCAGUGCCUUCUGUAUGUGGUACACUUUUGCAAGACAUGCCCCUUCCCUUCUCAAAAUACAGUGAACUUCAUUAAACUAUUACAAUAUUUCAAUUCCUUUAUAAAUACGGUUAUUUACUCACUUAGAAUGCCUGAAUUCAGGAAGGCAAUUUCUGAGGCUUUUAAAGGUAGAAUAAGUCAUAAUCCUAACAAAGAUAAGAAUAUUUACCUCAAAAACCUUCAAGGAGACACACUGAGUGCAGUUGGUGGUGUUCUGGGCUCCUAUUCGUCACUAAAUCUACGCCUUUGUAUGGGAACUGAAAACAUCGUCCUAUCAGAAUUGAACUCGUCAAAUCUUCGAAGGAAGUGUUUUGCUUUUAAUAGCUCUAGAAAUUUGAGAAAGAGCUCCAGCCGUAGAACUUUUGUAACUGUAUCAGUAGUUUAA